AUGCUGGACCUGAGCACAGUAUUGCUUCUGGCAGCAGGUGCUCUGUUUGCUUAUAUUUUAUAUAUUGUUCUGCACGAUCAACGGCGUGCAUAUGCCAAAAUUGUCUAUCACGAAAUUACAAUUAGAAUCAAGGAUCUCUUAAUUAAUCAAGCAAAGGAACAGCGAGUCUUGCAGUUUGUGGUGGAGAAUGCAGUGCGCGGAGACCCUCAAAGCGUGGUGGAUCAUAUUGACAAGUACUGCAGCCAAAAGGAAUGGGCCAUGAAUGUGGGGGAUCAAAAAGGCCUGAUCCUGGACAAUGUAGUGAAAGAGACCAACCCAAACACAUUACUUGAACUGGGCACCUACUGUGGAUACUCAACAGUCCGAAUAGCACGACUCUUAAAGCCGGGAGCUCGUUUUCUUACUGUAGAAUUUAACCCUGCAUAUGCUUCUGUAGCCAAACAGAUAAUUGAGUUUGCUGGACUUAAAGACAAGGUUCAGAUAUUGGAAGGCAGCACACAUGAUAUUAUCCCCCAGCUGAAGAAGAAAUAUGAAGUGGACACUCUGGAUUUUGUAUUUGUGGAUCACUGGAAGGAAAAAAUAUUUACCAGAUACCCAACUUAUGGAGAAAUGUGGUUUGCUCAAAAAGGGCUCUGUCAUCCUUGCAGACAACGUCAUUGUUCCCGGGGCGCCAGACUUUUUGGAACAUGUCCGUACUUGUGGCCGCUAUGACUGCACACACUAUCCAUCAUUUUUGGAGUAUAUGAGUGAGAAAGAUGCACUAGAGAAGGCUGUGUUUAGAGGAUAG